AUGAAAAUUAAGUUUUUAUUCAAUAAAAUUCUGGAUGCAUUAAAUAAAAACCUAAUCAAACCAUAAAAAAAGAUAGAAAUUAGAUUAGAUAGAUUAUCUAUGGAUCCUCAUCAUUAUUGGAUAGCUGUUGGCAAAGGAAUGGAAAGACCAUUCACAGGAGAGUUUUGCAAUCAUGAAUAAUAAGGUGUUUAUUAAUGUUACCAUUGCAAAAUUACAUUAUUUUAAAGUGAUACUAAAUACUAGGCAUAAACAGGUUAUGCAUCAUUCUUUUAGCAUCAUAAAAACAGUGUGAAGAUUAUUGAGACUAAAGAAAAAUUUAGGUACUCAGCUCUCUAGUGCAUGAAUUGUUAAUCUUAUCUUGGAUAAAUUUCUAAAGACGGACCACCACCAACAUUUUUAAGAUAUUCAAUUAAUUCUGGUGCUUUGAAAUUUUAUCAACCAAAAUCAAUUAAGCAACUCUCAUAACAAUCAUAAUAAUGA